AUCAUCGAUAUUGCGUGCAGAACAACACGAUAUUCCAAUUCUAGUGCAUAUUGUCUUUGAUUUAAGUGAAGCGGGGGUAGAGGUGUUAAGGGACGCGAUCCGGCUUUGUAUAGUGGCGCAAUUACUGUGUAGCGUCUACCGCGCUUUUGCAUCUUCGUUUUUGAUAGCUGCAAAGGGCGAUCGCCAUGUCGUACAAUACAAGGCGGCAGACAGGUCAGGGUGUGGGUAUGGGAGGAAAAGGUUCUCCUGGUCCAUACCCUCCUAGACCACGCAUGCCUCAGCAAAAUACCUAUCAACAAGGUUACAGCUCCCAGCAGUCUAGCCAUUAUUCAAGCCAAAACCAAGGUGGCAUGCAGCAGCACCCAUCAUCACAGCAACAGCAGCCGCCGCCACCACCAUCUCAGCAGUCGCAGCAGCAGUCACAGCCACAGGUUCUGCCACAGCCACCACCUCCACCACAGCUGCCACAGCAACAACCACCACCACCGCAACCACCUAAGCAACAGGCAGCACAGCAGCAACCGCUACAGGUACCACCACCUCCACCACCACCACAGGAACAGUCACAAAUGUCACCUGCGGCACCGGUUAAAAAUGAACCUCCGGGUACACCAGCUGCUGGUCCUCAGAUGGAAGUUGAUCCUGAUAAACCAAAUGAUGGAAGUGAAGUUAAACCAAAACCCUGGCAGAAGAAAAGAUUUCCUGCUUUUAAGGUGAACAAGAAGCUAAGAAAAAGAAAACAAAAUGCACGACUGAGGAAGCUGUUGCAGCCAAAAAAUGCUAUGAUGGUUCUUCACGAACUGAAAGCUGGAAUAAAAUUUACAUUUCAGGAGCAUACAAAUGCUCUUACACAGACUAUGUUUGUCGUCAAUGCUGAGGUUGAUGGGAAGGUGUAUGUAGGCCAAGGGCUGUCAAAACCAGUGGCUAAGCAAAAUGCUGCUGAAAAUGCACUAAAAGCCUUGCUUUUGGAAAAAAUGUCUGAUGCAGCUAUGAAAGCACAGAAACAAGAUAAUGCAGAAGUUGUUGAACCAAUGCAGCAGGAAGUAAACAAUGGAGCUGGCAGUGGUGAUUCUGGUGAGGGAAGUGAUACUGAAGGUGCAGGAGCACAAGGAAAGCCACAAGUCCCAGAGGAUGAUGUGCCAUGGGGAAGUUUGGCUUCAUUUGCCCUGUAUAAAUUAUUUACUGAAUGGCAGAAUCAAGGUACACAUGUACCUCUUCCUGUUCCUAAACAGGGACCAGUAUUACCACCUCAAGCCGGGGCGGCAGCAGCUGGACAGCCUGUGGUUCCGGGAGCACCUUCUCCCAUGAAAAAAAUUCCAGAAAAUCCGACUGAUCGCCACCCUGUUAUGUUGCUAAAUCAAUUAAAACCGGGAAUACAGUUCAUUGAAGUUAACCGGGAAGGAACACCUCCAAAUCUGACAUUUACAAUGGCAGUAACUGUUGAUGGGAAAACUUACAAUGGUGUGGCGAAAAACAAAAAGGAGGCGAAGAAAGAAGCAGCUAUUGCAUGUCUUGCUGGAUCAUUCAACAUCCGCUACUAACACAUCCUGACAGUAAACAACAUUGUUUAGACAUAAUGCAUUUCUCAAAUGCAAUUUCUGAUCUGUAGUAAAGACUUUUUUUUAUAUAUAUAUGUAGUAAUAUUGACUUUGAAACCUGUUGCCAACAAUCACUGAAGUCUUAAGGCAGUAUAGUUAGCUGUAAUUCACUUUUACUUCAGCUAUUAAUGACAGUAUACCAUAGUUGCCUAGGGUUCGACUAAGCAAUCUCUUGUCUGAUAGUAAGAGAUCAUGUAUCACAAUGUUUUCUGCAGUACAUGAAAAUUUUGUUCUAAAGUUUUCCUUAGUAUUGCACAUUUGCAUGUAGGCUGGUCUUUUACAUGAAAUCUUAAUUAUUGACAAACCUUAUGCUGUGUUCUUAGCUGUAGAUGAAAGUUACAGCUAUAUUUCCUUUUCAUAAAUUAAAGUAUUUCUUCUGUAUUAAUGUGAAUGCUGCAUUAGGUGUAUAAAAUAAUAAAUGUACCUUCCAAAUGAGAGAUGUAGGAACAAAUUGUUCCAUGUGACUAAAUAAUAAAAUGUCCUUGGGCAUUGUGUAUGUAA